AUGUUCUUUGGAAGAAGCAUUCUUUAUAGACAUAAUGUUUUGGUUGAACAGAAUUGGGAGAAUUUUCAUUUCACACAAAACGUUUUCCAAGCUCACAAAGAAGGAAUCACGUGUAUAUCUGGUUCUGAAGAUUUGUUUUAUACCGGAUCUUUUGAUAAAUCGAUUAAAAUCUGGGAGCUACCUAGUAAAAAACUUUUAUCUACUUUAGAUCAUCAUUCUGAAGCUGUUCAAUGUUUGGCUUUAGGUAAAUCAAUAUUAGUAUCUGGUAGCUGGGAUAAAACAAUAAUUGUAUACGCUCUUGAUAAUAAUUAUUCAAUAAAACAUAGAUUGCGUGGUCAUCUGGCCGGUAUAAUUUCUUUGACUAUGAUGCCGGAUGAAACUUUAUUAUUUUCUGGUUCAGUAGAUAAAAUCAUACGCAUUUGGAAUUUACAAAACGGUGAAUGCUUACACAGGCUUGGUGGAAUUGGUGGAACAGUAGGCGCUUUAUCACUGAUUCCAAAAAAUCCUUCUCCCUCUUCUUCAAAUAACAUCAUUGAUCAUAAUGAAGAAAACGUUCAAUAUUAUUUAGUUUCUGGAUCAAAUGACAAUUCAAUUCUAGUUUGGGAUCUCUAUGAUGAUGAUGUUGACAAUGGCAAUGAUACUCAAAAACAAAAAUCCUCGUCAUCGGUCGAAAAUAUAUCAAUUAGGAAACCUCGAAUAAUUAAAAGAUUAGAAGGUCAUACCAGGGCCAUUACUUGCUUAACAUGGUAUAAAGAUACUUUGGAACAACAAAUCAAAUCAUUUGAUCAAGAAAAUUCUUAUUUAGAAGACAACCAUCACAAUGAUUUAGUUCACAUCAAUACAUCAAAAUUUAUAAGAUCCGAGUCAGCAUCACCAGGUGGUACCGAUAUUUCUGAAACUGGUCAAUUAAUUGGCAGUGCAAAAGAUCAUAAUGACAUAGUAUGGGAUCUUCAAUGUAAUUCAUCUAGACUUGUUUCCGUCUCUUCGGAUGGAUUUAUUAAAGUGCGAUCAUGGCAAAACUGUAAUGAUGAUAAUACUAACCCUUCAUCGUCAUCAUCAUCAAACACAAAUAUUUACAAUCGAAAAAGAAAUUAUAAUUUCCCACAAUCUUAUGAUCAUGAGAAAAUCCUUUUUGCUCCAGCUGCCGCUCUUGUUGAAGUUGAUUGUGGUAUCAAAUGCCUUUUAAUGACUCGCGAAUGGUUAAUUUGUGGAACGGAAGAUGGAAUUUUAAUCGCUUUAGAAUUUCAAGGUCAUACCAGGGCCAUUACUUGCUUAACAUGGUAUAAAGAUACUUUGGAACAACAAAUCAAAUCAUUUGAUCAAGAAAAUUCUUAUUUAGAAGACAACCAUCACAAUGAUUUAGUUCACAUCAAUACAUCAAAAUUUAUAAGAUCCGAGUCAGCAUCACCAGGUGGUACCGAUAUUUCUGAAACUGGUCAAUUAAUUGGCAGUGCAAAAGAUCAUAAUGACAUAGUAUGGGAUCUUCAAUGUAAUUCAUCUAGACUUGUUUCCGUCUCUUCGGAUGGAUUUAUUAAAGUGCGAUCAUGGCAAAACUGUAAUGAUGAUAAUACUAACCCUUCAUCGUCAUCAUCAUCAAACACAAAUAUUUACAAUCGAAAAAGAAAUUAUAAUUUCCCACAAUCUUAUGAUCAUGAGAAAAUCCUUUUUGCUCCAGCUGCCGCUCUUGUUGAAGUUGAUUGUGGUAUCAAAUGCCUUUUAAUGACUCGCGAAUGGUUAAUUUGUGGAACGGAAGAUGGAAUUUUAAUCGCUUUAGAAUUUCUCAACCAAGAAGAAAAAGUAGAAAAACGAUCUAAAGCAGAAGUAGAUGAACUACUUCAAAAGAUAUAUGGCUUAGAAAUUUAG